AGUUUUACCGACACGUCGACAUUUUUUCUCAAUACUUGAACGUUUUGAACGGUUACUUUUCAGGAUGCGCUCAGGCCCACAAAUUUCCAUACUAAUUUUCACCCUGCAGCUACUUUAUUCAGCAGCCCAAUGGAAUCCCUACAGCCCACUCAUACAAACACAAUUCGCACCACAGCCGAAAAUGUUUCCUCGUGUUGUCCGUCAGGCCCAUGCUGGUUACGUUGUCUAUUACUCGAAAGAUAGCAACACUCCUGAGGUAACUUACGCCAUGUGCCCCGAGCCCAGCUAUGAUCCAGGUAGCCCCACACGCCAGAAAUAUUGUAAUUACGGCGAAUCGUUCGCUGCGAGCAAAUAUAAAAGGAGCUAUCACAGAACGGAGUGUGAUUAUCAAGUUGAACCAUUCAUGAUGGCCAUUGAGGAUAAAACUUCAAAUGGUGAAUAUUCGCACAGACAAUGCGGCAAUGGCGGGCAUAGUUACAAAUUUGUAUACCUCCGAUGCGAGAAAAAAACAAGAAGCAAGGCCAUUACUUUAUUCACAAGACAGCCCACCCAUUAUGAAAAAAUGGAUGAAGCGCAUGUAUACAACGCAUGUUACCACGAAACUGACAAACUACUAUUGUAUGGAUUCUUCACCAUCGCGGCGCCUCAUUUAUUGGAUAACCAAUUGUUAAGAGAUGAGCAAUCCCAUCAAUUUCCUCGUCAAACGGAUACGGAUUAUAAUGGUUUACUACAUAUAUUUACAGAUGUAGCGAUACCCCUAUACGCGAGUAACAACCAAUAUGCACCAAGAAGUGUACUACCUCCAGAAUUACUUCCAUUUGCGUUACAAAGGAAACCACUCUUUAAUUACUUGAAUUUAGCCCCAAUGGACGUAGAUUUAAUCGACGCUUGGGAAUCCCUGAUGCUGGAGUUGAAACAAAAAAUCUCCCAGAUGGAUCCAUUCGUCCGCAUCAGCGCUGGAUUACUCAAUGAAGUACGGCUACGGGACGAAAAUGGUUACAUCAAGCAUUUAGGAUACUAUACACCAGACGGGGCCCUCCCAUCGUAUGAAAUUGAAAUCCCACAUACUUGGUGGGUACAGGUAUACGACCACGGCAGAAAGCAUGGUGUAGUGAUACUCAUGAUCAACGAGCUGCACAAUGGCAACAACAUGAUAUUUUUACAAAACCCGACAUGCAAUCAAGAUACUUGCAGGCAAGCUAAUUUUCUUGCUGCAGUGAUGCGAGUUGUUCAUGAUUACGGUCGUGCCAUGAUUUAUUGUUGUAAUCCGAUGGCCAUAAAUGAAAUUUAUCAUUUUGAUGGUACAGAUAGGCUGUUGACGUUCCCUGGUGAAGAUGUAGUAGUAGAACCAGAAGGGUAUGCAGGAACAUCGGGAGGAGGGUAUGGGUACGAAGAAGAAGAAGAGGAGGGGGAAGGGGACUAUGAAGAAGAAGGAGAGGAGGAGGAAGGGAACUAUGAAGAACAAGAAGAGGAGGAGGAUGAUGAUGAUGAUGAUGAGGGGCAUCCAUUUUUAUAAUUCUGAUCAUUUUGUAAGGUAUUUACUAAUUUACCUAUCUAUGUAAAUAAAAAUUUCUAAGAUGGUUACAUUUAGGCACUUUACCAAGCCCUAGCUGAAAAGUGUGUUGCACUCAAAAUCAAAAGGCUAGCCAUACUGCGCCUGGGCUAUGGACUGGAUCAACUGGACUGAGCUGCAGUGAGACAAGUUAUUAAUGUGUUUGCAGAGCUUGGUCAGUUGGACACCAUGAUUCUAAUCUACCCCUAAACAAGGGAAGGUGAGAAUUAUCCCAACCAGGACUAAAACAACUAGGUAUGACUUAGUAUUAAGCCUAAAAUAUAAGCUGUCUAUUCUUGUAACCUAGCAUUAAGAUGUAAUUAAACUAAAGAUGUAAACAGAACCUUUAUUAAUGGUUGAGAAAUAAACUAAUUUUUUCCACCA